AUGCCGCCUCGAUUACUGCCCAUCGGUGGUGCACCGCCUUUCAAUUUACGAAGUCUGCUUCAGAGCCUGCCCGCGGCUGCGAGCUAUGCAAAGAAUGGAAUCUGCGCAUCUUGUUCCUAUUCCUUCUCUGCCAAAGGGCCAAUGACCUACAAGAAACAACACAAAAGCAAACUCAAGCCGCACCGCAACCCGUACCGAGACGCGCAGGCCAACCAGCGAAAGGCCGCAAAUCAAGCCAGACAAAAGCUGCUGCAGGAACAACGUGCGAAAGCAAUGGGAGACCCUAUCCGAUCACUUCCAACGCCUUUCAUCGAGUCAUUGUCGACCGGUCGAAUGCCUGAUGAGCCAGCAGAGGAAGAGCUCAGAAAUUACUUCCUUGGCCCAGACGAGCUUCCAAGUUCCCUGGAGUACUCGAAGAAGCUCUCAGCACCGUAUAUACCUAAAGCUGAAGAGACAGCGCAAUCGGCUGAAGCCUCUCCAUCACCUCUAGCCUGGGCUGUACCGCCGCCAGCUCCAGAUUCCUCAACCAAAGAACUAUCAUCACUAUCAUCAUCCACAGACCCUCCUAUCCUCCCAAUCGAGCGCGGAGAUACCAGCCUCCCCCAGCCCAGAACAUUCCCCGUCGACAAUCCGUAUACCCGCUCCUAUUCAGUUCCCGCACAACCAACCGCCAAAGAACUCGUCAACCUCCAUGAAGCCGCGCACAGAAACGCUACUCGCGCUUUGACUUUAAUCUCCUCCCUGACCAAUGGCUCCUCUUCUGACUUUACCCGCCACAACGUGCAACGAUGUAUAUCCACCUUCGGUCGCCAUAACACCGACGCCUACCUCCCGCCUCGUCCCACCAGCAUUUACAACACCAACCCAUCCCCACCCAAACUCCGCGCCGGACCCGACACCGGCUCUUCGGAGGUGCAGGUUGCCAUUUUGACGACCAAGAUCAACGUGCUAGCGGAUAACCUGCACAAAAAUGAUAAGCACAACAAGCGGAGUCUGAGACUGUUGGUGCAUCGAAGGCAGAAAUUGUUGGCGUAUUUGCAGAGGCGGGAAAGAGGAAGCGCCAGGUGGAAGAACUUGGUUGAAAAUCUGGGAAUUCAGGAUGCGAUGUGGAAGGGGGAGAUUAGUCUGUGA